CUGAGACGUACUUGUCAUCGAACCUUCCACUCAACGUCACCUCCACCCAAGCAUUAACAAGCGGUGCUAUAUCCCGCAUGCCUCGUGCUCAGAAACCGAAGCUAGCACGCGGCGUCCAGGGCAAGGCGCCCUCGACAUCCACCAAGCCGUCCGGAACGACCUCGACACGCAAACCUAGGGUCAUGCGCAACCGUUGGGAACAGCACAUAUAUGACACCUACGGAGAUGAUCCUGCUUUCUCGAGCUUAUACGUCUCCGACGAGGAACUGAACGAACUCUAUCGGUUACUUGGCGUACCCGAAUCAGACUUUGCACGCUACCGGCGCGAACACGACGCAGCAUAUAAUGCAGAAAUCGACAAUAAUGGCGGAAAAGUUCCAUGUCAAGGAAGAAAACCGCAGCGAGACGAGGAUCCAGCCAGGGAGAACAUUCACAUCGUCCGCAUUCCCGACACCAGCCAUCUUGUCGUCAGGUUCUGGGACGGCGGCCUUGAAGAUGAGGGCCAAUUUUGCCUCGACAUAUACAACAUGGCCACGAAGGAGCCGAUCAACUCAUCCGAACUCGGCUUCUCUAUCGAAGUAGCCCCUGUCGCGGGGACGCUCUCGGUGAUGUGCGCUGGAGACCUUGACAGCUGGGAGGCCAGGUCAGGCUUUAAGCCAGGACAGAUAUUGCCAGGAGAAGAGCGGUUUAGUGUGAUCGAGGGCGCCUGCCUUGCCCUUCAUCGACCCGACUUCGAUCCUUUCUGGUUCAAAGUGCCGGUGAGGUAUUGUCUACCUGAUGGAGUAAGGCCUGCAACGCCUGUGCCUCUGACUGAAGUGUUGGCUGUUGAUAACUCUCCGCUGGUUGUGAUAUAGCCAUAUAGUCUACGCGUAGGUAAAGUAGAACACGGAGUAAUUUUUGCCCUCUGCAGCCGUACGUAUACAUCGAUAACCUUUCUGUCGCUUUUUUCACAAAUGCAUCUCAAUAACAC